AUGGUUGCGGAACAUAAGCACCUUGUGCCUCCUACCAGCAUCCAGGGACCUUCGAAUGUGAACUUGUUAGCUUGCACGGGCUCCCCGGCGCUGUCGGGCGGCCAGGCCCGUCGGAGGAAGCAGCCCCCCCGGCCGGCCGACUUCAAGCUGCAGGUGAUCAUCAUCGGCUCCCGCGGCGUGGGCAAGACCAGCCUGAUGGAGCGCUUCACCGACGACACCUUCUGCGAGGCCUGCAAGUCCACCGUGGGUGUUGACUUUAAGAUCAAGACUGUAGAGCUAAGAGGAAAGAAAAUUCGGUUACAGAUCUGGGAUACGGCAGGUCAGGAGAGAUUCAACAGCAUUACCUCAGCUUACUACAGAAGUGCCAAGGGGAUCAUACUAGUAUAUGAUAUCACGAAGAAGGAGACAUUUGAUGAUUUGCCAAAGUGGAUGAAGAUGAUUGAUAAGUAUGCUUCAGAAGAUGCUGAACUGCUCCUUGUUGGAAAUAAGCUGGACUGUGAAGCAGACAGAGAAAUUAGCAGACAGCAGGGAGAGAAGUUUGCACAACAGAUAACCGGGAUGCGGUUCUGUGAAGCAAGUGCCAAGGACAACUUCAACGUGGACGAGAUCUUCCUGAAGCUUGUAGAUGACAUUCUGAAAAAGAUGCCUCUGGAUAUUUUAAGGAAUGAGUUGUCCAAUAGCAUCCUCUCCCUACAACCAGAACCUGAGAUCCCGCCAGAGCUGCCUCCGCCAAGACCCCAUGUCCGAUGCUGUUGAGUUGCUACUUUGGAAACAGAGUGCAGCCCAUUCCUGGAGAGGGAAACCUUCUGUCGUGCACUACAAUCAUUUUGACAAUUUCCUUCCGCACUUUGUAAUCCAAGUCAGAGCUAUACACUAACUUGUAAAUAUGCAAAUAUACAAUCCUGGAUAAGUUUGGGUUGUAAGUUACGUAUUUCCCUCUAAAUUCUAUUUCCUUCAUUACCCCAGUGUCUAGUGUACACACACUGGGAAAUGUACUUCUAAUAUGAAGAAUGGGAGAGAGCGACAAGAGCUAUGAUGUUUCUUAAAUAAUAUAAUUGUCCUUGUUAGUUAUGAGGACAGAAGAUAUUCUGAUAACAAGAGAGAAUGUGGUGCUUUGCUUACUUAAAGACAUUUGUAAAACUAAAGACUUUGGGACGGGGCUAUAAGUGCUUUUUCUUUAUUUACAAGACAUUUCCAACUGUAGCAGCUUUGAAGUAUUGGUGUGUUUCUGCAGGUGAAGCUCCAGCCCUGGCUGCCACUGAAGGGUAUUUAUUAGUGUUCUGGACUGGCAGGAUAUUCCUAGUUACAGGCUGGAUUAGUGGUUCAGAAUUCAUGGUUUUUCUGUUGGAUGUACCCAACAGUUGUAAGAACAACAAAGAUUCAAUUAAAAAGAUUCUGUUGGGCUAGGGGGAAUGGCUUGGUGGUAGAGCACCUGCCUAACAUGCAUGAGGCCCUUGGGUUCCAUCUCCAGCACUACAAGGAAAAAAUACAUGAAAGAAAAACAUUUUUGAAAUGAUAGAAAAAGAUUUUAAAGGCACAUUGCUUCCUAAACAAAUCCUGUUUCAAGGAAUUUUAAAGACACCCUUUACUCUGUCAGAGGAUGUAGGUGCACUGGCCUCAUCACUCAGUUAACUUUGUAAUGAUGAAGCUCCUCUUGAAGGUGAAGCUUAAUCCCAUUAAGCGUAAACUGUGUUGAGUUUUUUUUUUUUUUUGGUCUGAUAAUGAAUUUGUGAACUCUCUUUUUGGUAUAUCUUUUAUUAAGCUGCACUGUUUUGUUUAGUCAAGAUAAAUAAGGAAGUAUGUAUUGGAAUAACUUGGCGUGUCUUGAGUGUUGUGCUGAGAAGCAUCGUGGUCUUUCUACACUAAUGAAGUGCAAAUAAAAUUUUGUAUUUAUGAAUGA